AUGGCUGCGCUACCACAACCCCUGCAACAUCAACUCCGAGCCCAAAUACAGGCCGAACAUAUCCGCACGCAGUUACGAAAUCAAUCGCAAUUGAACAAACAACAAGCUUCGACGUCAGCAGCCGUCAACCCUCUCAACAUGACACCAGGUUUACCUCAACGAUCUCCUUCUCCGGAAAAUCGCGGGAUUCGAAGGAGCCCAACGCGAUCCAGCGAAUCAUUUAUUGACGCCAAAGCGAACGGAUCAUUUCUCGGGAACCCUUUCGGCCAGACAACUUCCGCUGCUUCCACCUCGGGGGUACAGAAUAUCCCAACGCAUAUCCGUGGCUUGACGCCACCGGCUUUACCUUCAUCUGGUCAUCGUCAGACUCCAACGCGCAGUACAUCUGCUUUACAGAGCUCGUCGAAUCACAGCAGGGAUCGAAGUGGACAUGCUGCUUCUGCCAACAGGCUUCAAGAGAGCGCCACACGACGGUCACAGUUGCUUGCUGAACAGAAGAAGCAUGCUAGGGAGACAAAAGCCAAUGAGGUUUCUGCGUCCAAAAGGAUACGUCUUGAAGCAGCGCCGGGGAGUGACUAUCAAGGAGUUCUGGCACCAGACUAUAAAUCACCGUUUACAGGUCAAGUGAGUGCAUGGUUAGGUCUACUACCAUAUCACGUGCUACUUGACGAAGAGGAUUCGAUAACAAGCGAAGAGUGGGAUGUUGGUAUAUCUGCGUUGUGCGAGAAGUAUCGCGGGCAGUACCUUGAUAUUCGGAAGAAGCUUAGUGAGUUUAGUGAGAGCACACCGGACUUUUCAGUAGACGACGUACCAGGACUUGGUUCUGGGUUACUGAGCAAUGGCGAUAGCGUUGUAAUGGAAAUUGUAUUGCUCGAGGACAUGAACGAAACGGCAAUGCGAGAAAAGGCUGUUGCAGAUAAGCGAGCGCGGGAAAUUGCGCAGCGUCGAUCACUGGAACUCCAGGCUUCAAGAAAAGCUGAAGAGCAAACGGCAAGAGCUGCUGAGGCUGCUCGACAGGCUGCGAUGCAAACAGAUACGGGAAAGAGUAUGGGAGCCAGCUCUGGAAGGAUGCCACUGAUGGGAAGUAUGGGGGUAGGUGUUAUGUAUGGACAGGGAGUGCCAGGUAAUAGUGUGACAUCGGGUGUGCUUCAGAUGACGGGUGGCGGGAGCCAAAGUUUUGGGGCUGGAACAUUUGGCAGCGGCGUGAUGCGUAACAACCUGGGAAUGCACGGGCAAGUCGAGGCAAAAGUUGGAAACUAUGAUACAAGUGCGAAGGCGGUUGCAGGGAUUGGGCGGGAUGAACACACAUACGGAGAGGUAGGUGGCGAGGGUGCAAGUCAAGUGGACGCAGGCGGGGGUGUAAAUUUUGGCCAGAUGAGCGGGCAGAGCAGCAGCGGUCUAUCAAUGGCCUUCGAGAACGCGCGUCAAGCCGCGAUGGGACAGGGACGGGGACUGGAGUACGAGAUGAGGGGGCAGUAUGGCACGCAGGCGGUAUCUGUUAAUAAUACUGGGAUAAUGUCUCAAUCAUGGCCCGGGCGGAGUAUGGGAGGUGUGGAUGUGGGGAGAGGGGAGGCGAUGAUGGGCGUGGGUGAAGGAAGCAGGAAGGGAAUGGAUGGAAUGCGAUCACAAAAUGUGGUAAACGGAAAGUCUGGUGACGUGGAUAUGUCGCAGGGAGAUGGGUAUGGGCUGUCGAAAAUUGGGAUAGGCGCGAGUGGAGGGCAACAAGCACAGAUGUCAGGGAAUGGAAAAGCAGAGGCAGGUGGGAAUGGAAUGGGUGGCAACAGAAGCCACUUAGGGUCACAAGCGCCUAGCGACGGGAAUGGUCAAAGCACUGCGGAUGUGGAGACAUCGAGUGGGGACAAAUGUGGUAGGGGAACGCAAGGCGUGCGGCGGCCAGGGAUGAUGUCGUUGCCAGGCGGAAGAGGACUUGGAUCUGGGCAUGCAGCCAGAGGCAAGUACGGCGGAGGGAAGGAGGAUGGUGGGAUGGGGAUGGGGUCGCUGCUUAACGCGGAGGGACGAUGA